AUGAUAGGCUAUGUACAUCUUAUUAUCUAUUUCAUCAUUAAACGUCAGCUAACACUGAGAAAUUCAUGGGUAAAAAAGUCUAAGACCAACGAAAGCUUCGACAGUUCUGUGAAAAUACAGAGGAGGUUUACGAGGUCGCUGACAUCUUACCUACUGGAAUGCAUUCAUUAUAUUAUCACCUUUAUUAAAUCAGCACUCAACCACCUUGGCACUUCGCGAUUAACGGAAUCAUGGAAUAACAAUAAGAAGAUAUUGGAAAUUAUUAUUGCACCAAAUGAGGCGAAAAUUAACACUACUAUAAAAGCUAUCACAUGUGAAUCUCCAAAAGAAAGUGAGCAUAACAUGCGUGCGAUACUUAAAAAAGUCCAUUUACAGUCAGAAAAGAAAACAGAACAAACAUUUAUAAUCAAACAGUCUAAUUCUGACAUAUUCCAAUCUUUCAAUGAAGAACAUUCUCGAGACAGUUUGUCUAAAAUGGAAGAUAAAUACGAUCGAUUCAUAAUCCAUGAAUUUCAUUCUCAGAAUUCAGGUGAACAAACAUACAUAACAACUUCUGAGCCACAGGAGGAAAACUCCAGAAUUCUAAACAGUUUAAAAAUGGAUUGUAAAUUUAAAGAUUUAUCAAGGUUGGAUUUUCAUGGCAACAGCUCGAAUGAUUUUCAUACCAUAGUUGAAAAAACUGGUCAUUCAUCUGCUGCUGCUACUGCUACUGCUGGUGUAACCAGUAGAAGUAUCUCCUCUACACCUGAAUCCUGUCGAAUUAAAUCAUUGCUAAGGAGAGAGAAAAGGACUGAGAAAACUGUCGCAAUAGUUCUCGGUUGCUUUGUUGGCUGUUGGCUACCGCUUCUUCCACAGUAUUUAGGCGAGAUAAUCUGUAGUUGCAUGUUUCCAGAGUAUCUAAUUAUGGCAGUCUCAUAUUCGGUGUACUUCAACAGUUGUUGCAAUCCAUUUAUUUAUGCAUUUUAUAACAAAUCCUAUGCAGAUGCGUUUAAAAAGAUUUUACACAUUGAAGGUUAUUUUAAAAGAAAGAAUUCGGCUGAUUCUUGA